GAAAGGAGCAAAUCGAUACCUGACUGUAAGGAAGAAGGAUGGAUCAGAGCUAACACACGCAGUAAUGACUUGCGGCUUGGCUCCCAGUACGAAACAUACCAUUCGGAGUUUAAUUCAGAGAUUUCCUGUCACAAAUAAAGAACGAACAGAACUUCUGCCAAAGACAGAGCGAGGAAAUGCAUGUGCUGUUGAAUCUGAAAACAGAGAUGUGAACAAGACAAGCGGACGGCUUAACAAUGGUAUCCCCCAGGUUCCAGUGAAAAGAGGGGAAUCGGAGUUUGAUUCCUUCAGGCAAUCCCUACCAGUUUUUGAGAAACAGGAAGAAAUUGUCAAAAUAAUAAAGGACAAUAAAGUUGUUUUGGUUGUAGGAGAGACUGGAUCAGGAAAAACUACUCAAAUCCCUCAGUUCCUUCUUGACGAAUGUUACAAAAACAGAACUCCGUGUCGUAUAUUUUGCACUCAGCCAAGACGUUUGGCAGCUGUUGGUGUGGCUGAAAGAGUGGCAGCAGAAAGAAGAGAAAAGGUUGGCCAGACAGUUGGUUAUCAGAUCCGAUUAGAAAGCAGGGUUUCUCCAAAGACACUGUUAACGUUUUGCACUAAUGGCAUACUGCUUCGCACGCUAAUGGCAGGAGACAGCACUCUAUCAACUGUGACGCAUAUUAUUGUGGAUGAAGUACAUGAGAGGGAUAGGUUCAGUGACUUCUUGUUAAUAAAACUCAGAGAUGUGUUGCAAAAACAGACUAAUCUAAAACUAAUUAUUUCUAGUGCUGCCCUAGAUGCAAAUCUCUUUAUUAGGUAUUUUGGAAGUUGCCCAGUAAUACACAUACAAGGAAGACCUUUUGAAGUUAAAGAGAUGUUUUUGGAGGACAUUUUACGAAGCACUGGGUAUACAAACAAAGAGAUGAUAAAGUACAAAAAAGAGAAGCAGCGAGAAGAAAAACAGCAAAGCACUCUUACUGAGUGGUGUUCUGCUCAAGAAAAUAAUAGCAAAGUGGAAUCUCGGAGACAAAGAUCUGUCCCAAGUGCAACCGAAGAGUAUAAUCUGUUGGAUGAUAGUGGUGAUGCAGUAUUUAAUCAACUGACUGAAAAAGAUGUGAAUUGCCUUGAACCGUGGCUAAUAAAAGAGAUGGAUUCUUGUCUUUCUGACAUCUGGUUGCAUAAAGAUAUUGAUGCCUUUGCUCAAGUGUUCCAUCUCAUUUUAACCGAAAAUGUCAGCGUUGAUUAUAGGCACAGUGAAACCAGUGCAACUGCACUAAUGAUUGCUUCAGGGAGAGGAUUUCUGAGUCAAGUAGAACAACUGAUCAGUAUGGGAGCAAGUAUCCACUGCAAAUCAUCCAAUGGCUGGAUGGCUUUGGACUGGGCUAAGCGCUUUGGACAGACAGAGGUUGUUGACCUGUUGGAGUCCUACAG